UGACGGGGACGGGACACUUCAACAACAGUUAUCCACCACUCCGAAAUAUUCAAGGUCUUUAUAAUAUUUCGGUGUAUAUUAGCCAUUGUGUUAUAAACACACGUCUACCAGUUACCCUAUUUAAUUUCAUAUUUACGUUGUUCGCUAGCUGGUUGGUUAAAUUUGCCUAUCACUAGUCUAAUCGCUAAUGCUAACUAGCUAGCUAACUUCCUCGACCAUGAGCGCACUAAGAUACUGCCCCCAUACUAAAGAGGAGGUCGGAUGGACGGAAAACGGAGAAGAGAAGAAGGAAGAGGAUGAUGUCGCUGUUAAAAUAGAAGUAGAGCAUGGGGCUGUUACUGUGAAAGAAGAAGAGAUGGACGUUAGAGUGAAUGAAGACAAAGGAAAGUUCAGAGUGAAAGAGGAGGGGGAUGUUACCAAAGAUAUUUAUAUCUGUGAUGUAAAGGAAGAGGAGGAAGAGGAGGAGGAUGCAGUUUUUGGAGUGGGGGGAGAGAUAACUGUCACAUUGAAAGAAGAAGAAGGGGAGACAGGAGAUCUGAUUAACACCAGAGAAAGACCACACUCUCACAACAGGAAGAGUCCAUCAGGUGAACCAGACCCAGAGAUGCCAAAUCCAGCCAGACGACACCACUGCUCCCAGUGUGGAAAGCAUUUUACCAAGUUACAGAACCUAAAACAGCAUGAGAGGACACACAAAGGAGAAAAGCCCUUCCAAUGCUCCCAGUGUGGAAAGGGUUUUAACCGGUUAGGGAGCCUGAAAGAACAUACAAUAAUACACUCAGGAAAGAAGCCUCACCACUGCUCCCAGUGUGGAAAGAGUUUUAACCGGUUAGGGAACCUGAAAAAGCAUGAGAGAAUACAUUCUGGAGUGAAGCCUUACCAGUGUUCCUAUUGUGGAAAGAAUUUUACUCAGUUAGAGAACCUGAAGGAACAUGAAAGGACACAUACAGGGGAGAAACCCCACCAUUGCUCUCAGUGUGGAAAGGCUUUUACCACGUCACGAAACCUUAAAGAGCAUAAGACAAAACACACAGGAGAAAAGCCUUUCCACUGCUCCCUGUGUGGAAAGAAUUUUACCCAUUUAGGGAACCUGAAGAAACAUGAGAGAAUACAUUCUGGAGAUAAACCGUACCCCUGUUCCCACUGUGGAAGGAGUUUUAGGUGGUUAGGAACCUUAAAGCAACAUGAGAGAAUACACACGGGAGAGAAGCCUUUCCAAUGUUCCCAGUGUGGAAAGGGUUUUACCCAGUUAGGUAACCUAAAAGCUCAUGAGAGGACACACUCAGGAGAAAAGCCUUUCCAAUGUUCCCAGUGUGGAAAGAGUUUUACUGUGUUUGUGAGCCUAAAAGAGCAUAAGAGAAUACACACAUGAGAGAAGCCCUACCACUGCUCCCACUGUGGCAAGAGUUUUAGGGGGUUAGGGAACCAGAAAAAACACGAGAGGACACACACAGGAGAAAAGCCUUACUAAUUUUCUCAAUGUGGAAAGAGUUAUAACCAGUUAAGCACCUGAAAGCACCUGAAAUAAAACAUUUAGGUGUGAAGCCUUUCCACUGCUCCCAUUUUAGUUCCAGGGCUAUGAUUUCCGCAUAUUUACAAUUUCUGACAUUUGGCCCAUAGACUGGUCUGUAACUUGAAGAGGGUGGAGCUUUUGGUUCCGGUUUCGAUCCCAGUUCUAUCUCGUCUCUUAACACGUAUGGAUCCAGAACUUCAUCAAGUGUUACCAACCCAGUAACUAACUCAUGGAUUUUGUUGCACUCGCUUUGUCUAAGGGGUGCUAAAGCCUAGCCACCGUGCUUCUACACCUGCAUUGCUUGCUGUUUGGGGUUUUAGGCUGGGUUUCUGUACAGCACUUUGAGAUAUCAGCUGAUGUAUGAAGGGCUAUAUAAGAAUGUAUGCAUUUAUGUGAGAAAUCAGUUCAUGGACCUAGGUGUUGAAUUCCCAGGGAGACGGCAACCUUACCUCGGUCCAGGACCUUGACCUCUUGACCUCUUCGUCGGCCAGUCCAAGACGACUAUUAUUUGUUUAGAUGGUGACGAAACAUAUAAAUAUACCAAAAUCAUCAUCAGCAAAGUCUUCAUCAGCCUCACAAUCAUCAUCCCCAUGACAACCAAGGACAAUGAUAGCAGUUCCAGAUCAGACUAGCCUACGUCCUCCUCUUCCCUGUGUUCAAAGGGCCGUACGGUUAAAGAAGUGUUUGUACCAGCUGGUCAUGACAGUGGGAAGUCCAUCCUGUCUGACCCUUUUUACACCAGGGGUUCUUAAACCUUGUUCAGCCUGGGACCCAAAUUUUAAAAAAAAUGCUGUGUUUUCCUGGGACCUAAGCUUAUUAAAAUAUGCAACUAUGUGUAAAAUAUUGGUUGAUUUCAUUGCCCUUUAUGCCUAAAACAAAUGUAAUAUAAACAAAAACAUAUAACAAUGAUAUGAAAUACCCAUAAAAAGACUAAUCAUGUUUAUUCUUUAAAAACAAAUCUUACAUAUCUGGACCUAUUGCUGUUCAAAUACAAUAAAUAAUUUUCAUUCU